ACUAAAGUUUGUUUUUGUUCAGCCUUGAACUUUUAAGUGGGCUUUCAGGGAUAAAGAUUUAGGUGUGAACUAUAUAUAUUGAUAUGAAUAUUGAUAUCAGAUGAAAUUAAUAUGUUAAAAUUCAAUAUCAUACAUCCCUACUGUCAUGCCCUCUAUCUUUGGUAUCAUAAGGUGGAGGAGGCUGACCAGAUCUACCUGCUGAUGAAAGAGGAGUAUCGGAUCUCAAGAAAUGUGCGCCUGGCUUGGUUCCUUGGCAAACUAAACCAAGUCAUCUGGCCAGUGUCAAAGCCUGAACUUCUUAACUCAGGGAAUGAACUGGACUUGCUUAGCAUUUUACCGAAAGGAUGGCAGGCAGAAUGCUCCCCUAUGACGUAUCCCUACAUGUUGGUGCCGUCCACACGGGCCACCUUCCUGGCACGAAGGUACCGCUUCAUCAUCGAGCUGGACCUCAGCCCCUCCACAGGGAUUGUGGAUGACAGCACAGGAGAGAUGAUCUUUGAUGAGGUUUUUCAUGCCUUGUCACGCUGUUUGGCUGGUUUGGCUCAACCGUUUCAAGUUCCUGGGACUGAUGAACUUUUCAAGCCGAAGAUCUUCAUCACUAUCUUGGUGUAUUCAUCUAUUAUUGGCCUUACAUCCCAUCAGGUAUUGGUACAGGGUUGUCAACUUGAUAGAACUGACCUUGAUGAGUUCCUGCGUCAAAUCUAUCAACAGCUCAGAGCAGUGGAGAACAACAUCGCACAAGUCCUCCAUCAGCAGCAUGCACAGCCUCUUGAGCCAGUCAAAGGCUCUGGUGUCCAUAGCAACAACAUCGAUGACCAGUUUCACAGAAAGCAGGGCAUCUCCAUGGUGUCAGCUGAUAUGGGUCUGGUCAGCAUGGUGCGUCAGGGCAUCCUGGCGCUUCAGCUGCUGCCUCCAAACUCCAGUGCAGGCAUCAUUAUAAUCACAGAUGGGGUGACUAGCGUGCCAGAUGUAGCUGUGUGUGAAACUCUGCUGAACCAGCUCAGGAGUGGAACUAUUGCCUGUUCCUUUGUGCAGGUUGGCGGUGCCUACUCUUAUGACUGCAGCUUUGGCUACAUCCCCAAUGUAGAGCUCAUGAAGUUCAUUUCAUUAGCUACUUUUGGGUCCUACCUGCCAAGCUGUCCUGAAGUGGAUGUGAACAGUCAGGAGAUGAAUAUGUACCACAAGGCCUUUCUUACAUAUUCAUUCCUCAAAACCCCUGAGUCCAUGAACUCGGAGUACUUCUGUGUUUCCCAGCACAAACUGUUUAAUGAGCACCUGUUGUCAGCCAGCGGUAAUCCUGCCCUGGUCAUGAGGAGGAAGAAGCACACAGAGAAGGAAGUCCAUGCUCACUUGAUAAGUGUGGUGUCUGUGCGACUAAGAGAAGGCUACACCAUCAGAGAGAUCAGCCUCACAAAAGGUGGGACUCAACUGGAGGUGAAGCUGGUGCUACUAUGGAAACACAACAUGCAUAUUGAGUACCUGGCAGCUGCCUCCUGGCCGUUGGACCCUGCCAAGAGAACGACCAGGGUGGAGGUGACUAUGGAGGGAAGCUACGACAUCCUGCAUGACAUCAGCUGCACCCAAAGAAAACCUAUCACAAGCCCAUACCGCACUUCUGUCAUCCGUCGCUUUUGGAACACACUACAAAGCAUUAACCAGACUGACCAGAUGUUGGUGCACCUCCAGUCCUUUAAUUCAGUUCCUGAGAACUAUAUGAUUCCUGAGAGCACCAAAAAUGGAGUACCUCUCUUCUACAUCCCCCCUGGCUCCACUACUCCGGUCUUGUCUCUUCAGCACAAUGGAUCCAAGGACUCCUCCCAGUCCCAGUUUGCUUCCUACUGGAAGCCCAUCCUCUCCAUGGACGCCAAUUUCUGGCAGAGAUGGCUGCACAUGCAUCGCAUUACCAUCAUCCUUGAACAUGACAUGCCUGUCCCCAAACACCUUCACACCGCUGGAAACAAUGGUCGUUACAGCACCAUUCAGUGCCGUAUCUCUCACUCUGCCUUAACAUCCCUGCUAAGAGACUGGAGCAGCUUUGUGCUGGUCGAGGGUUACUCAUAUGUGAAGCUCAUUUACAGUUCUUCUGACCAGCCACCCACCUCCUUCUACUUGGUCCGUCUCAUCUCCAAGACACCAUGCAUGGUCCUGAGGCUAGGUUUCCCUAUUGGCACCCCGGCUCAUGCGAGAAAUAAGAUCGUGGAUGAGUUGCGAGAGCAGAUCCUCAAACUCCGCUUCCCUCAUCGGGUUCAGAACAAAGAGGCAACCCCAAAGACCAAAAGGAAGACUGUUGGCCAUCCAUCACCAUCCAAGUCACCCUCCACCCCUGCUCCGAAACCUGCGCUGUCAGACAGACCAUGUGUGGUGGUGUUAAAUAAGCCCCUGGAAAAGCUUCUCAUAAGAUAUGAGAAGCUACCUCUGGACCUUCGGACUCCCUUCAUUUUCCACAUGGAGAACUUCCCUCCACCCUCAAAUAAUGCCGCACCCCUCAGCAUGGCAGCCAACCGCACAGCUUCCUCCACCCUGGCCUCUCUGUCCCGUUACUUCCUGCACCAGCGCUGGGUCUGGGCUGUUCAGAGCAGCCAUGGACUGACUGUUGCCAUGCAGGCUGUAGCUCACAUCCUGUCCAUGCUCUCUGAGAUCCGCAUCUCAGAGGGCUUUCACUUUGCAGCCACUGGAGAGGGCAUUAUUAACAUGGUGAUUGAGUUACCAAUGAAGUCUGUUUCAGGGGAGACUGACAGAGAGAGUCACUCUUGUAUUGUUCAGUACAUCCUGUUCCCACCUCACUCGACAUCAACUAAGGACAGCUUCUCCACUGAUGAUGACAACGACACUGAAGUGGAGGCUGUAGAUGUGGACACCGAGCUGAACCUUGUGACCGAAUGUUGGGUGGAACCCCAGAGUGGCACGGUUAUGAACUGCAUGGAACAGCAUCGCCACUUCAAGGGCCUCAAGUACCAUGAGAUACCUCAAGCAAUAUUCCCAAGAGAUUUGGCUUGUAUGUCCACCAUGAUGACCUUUGAGUAUCUGAGCCAACUGUGUCAGAAUAAAGACCAGGUCUGCACACUGCCGUCUGGACUGACGGAUGUGAGAGUAGGAGAAGCCUUUGCUCCUGAGGACAGCAUUCAGAUGGUUCCUUUCCAGUUUGACCUCAUUCAGCUGCUACCAAAAUGCCAGCAGGUGGAGCUCUUCUUCUUCACAUUCAGUACAGGAGAGAGUGAGGAGCAGCUUCACGGCUCUCCCUGUCUCCCCAAUGAGCUCCUGCUCAGCCUCUUCCACGGCAGCCUGGAGCAUGAGCUCAGUGACCGAGAGAUACCGUUAGCUGAAAGCGACCAUGCUGCCUUCAUGCUGCACAUCUUAGAGCGAGAGCGAGAAGGCCAUGUGGCGCCUUUCUCCUUACCUGUGAUUAAAGAGGAGUGUGUGAAGCCUCCAGACAGACAGGACACUAUGACAUCAUUCCACACCACAAGCAGUAGCAAAGAGGUGAUGGGCUCAACCAGUACACUGCAGAGUUUCAGCAAUGCCGACCUCGUGGAUGAAGAGCCUCUGCUGGUGGAGAGGAACUGCUCAACACCCAUGUGGAGAUGCUAUGCAAAGCACAUCAGCUCACAGCAAAUUCUCCUCACCUUCCUCCCUGCUUCCUUUACAGAUGUGCUUAUGUUGAAAGCAUCAGGGCUGGAGACAGAGCCUCAGGACAGUGUUAGCACAAAGGAGGAUGACACUUUGACACCCAGCAAUAGGUCUCAGGCAGACUCCCUUUCCGGGUCCACCAGUGGUCUGGAUAGGUCUGAGUCAGGCCUUUGUCUGUCUGGUAAACUACGGAGGAGCUCCAGUAGCGGGCAGUUCAGCAAUAAGUCCCCUGUUCUCUCACCACAGUCCGAAGGCCAGGCUGAGAAUGCAGACUCUGUUAUCCUAGACCAUGUCAGCUUGUGCAGCAGAGUGUCCAAGACAGAGAUUGGGAACCCAGCCUCAGACCUGGGAGAAAAAGAGGGAGUCCAGUUCUCCGAACCACUGAAGGAUGAUUUCAUCAUCAGCUUCAGCAGGCAGGUUCCUCAACAGAGCGCCACCGACUGCAGCCAAAUAAAAUGUCCAGUUUAUGUUUACAACUGUUCCUUGGAGCAUCUGAAGGAGCAACUGGUGCAUCCUAACUCCAGCCGCCAACCUAGGGACAUCUUCCUCAGACCUCGAGAUGCUGAAUCCUGGGAGAUGAGUCAGCAGAUAAAGUUCAGGUCACUGUCUCAGGACCGCAGCAGUCCAUCCCCUUGGACGGAUCUCCUGGCUCAGCCUCACAAACACAAGGAGCUAGCCAACUACUGUGGCCUGUUGCAAGAGCAUUACCACCAGAGCUACGUGAAAGGAGUGUACCGUAGCCUGCAGCAGUCUUUCAACAUCAGCUCUCAGGACGUCCUGAUGGCUAUGGACUACUGUGAAGAAUCCCUGCAGGAGAUUGAUGUCACUGGCUUUCUACAGACCCUCUGUGGGCAUAUCAGGGUCUACAGAGAACAUGGUGAGGUUCCAGUUUGGGGAGGGAAUUCAAAACCUUCAAAGAGCCCUCCCACCUUUGUCAUUGGAGAGAUUGAGGAGGACAAACCAGAUGACAGGGUUACCAUGGCCUCCUCAUCCAGUAUUGACAUGGAUGACGUCAGUGAAGCAGAAUAUAGAUGGAAAACCUCUGCUCCUACAUCCCCACUGGUCCCAGAGGAGUCCAAUAAAGUCCCGAUGUCAGAGUUCUCUCUGACGCUGCUUCAGACACAACCUAAGUGUGAAGUGUAUCCUGACCUGCAUAAAAUAAUACAGGAUAAAUUCAUGGAGAUUGUGUCCCGGUAUUUCAGAGCUGUGCCUUCCAAUCCACAUUACUUUUUCUACUGCCCCCCAUCAAACAAAAAAGAAGAGGACUCAGAGCAUGCCGAGGUAGGCAGGAGGCCCAGCGAGGAGCUGGUGUCAGAAGCUGAGCAAGCUACUGAGGAUGAAAACAUGUCAGGAUGCAUCACGACUGAGAGCGACACAGACUUAGUGGUGGAGUAUGACGAACAGCCAGACACCAGAACCCAAGGAGAGUGUGAAGACCAGUCCCUGUCAGACUCGAACACUGUCAAUCAGGACCAGGACUCCUUCAGCAUCCUGGAAGGAGACUCCUUGCUGGAGCCUGAGGGCCCCCAGAUGGACAUGCCACCAUUGUUCGUUCAUGUCACUUGCUCCAUCAACAUGAAAAGCUGCCAUGGCUCCAUGCCCAUACAGACACUACCCACCUGCCUUGGGGAGAUUAUUUCCUGCCUGGAGAACAUUGAGUCCCUGAAGACCGUGGAUUUGAAUGAACUCUCAGUAACGUUAGAUAUUUUUGUCUUGACACUACCCCUGGAAAUUGAGGUGAUGUCUGAAUUCCAUCAUAACAGGUACACAUCAGAGAGCAGUGUGUCCCUGAAUCGUUCACCAGGACAGCCCUCCUCUUAUCGCUCAGAUGAGGAACUUAUGGCGGUGUUAGACAACCUGAGGGGAGCUGGUGUUGAUGGGGUCUCCGGUGAUCCCUUAUCCAAACUCCCAGUUCCUCACAAGUUAGCAAUUCUUGCUACAAUGGAUGAGAUCCGCUGGCUUCUGGAGGACGAGAUUGUUUCUGCUCUGCGUCAUUCUCGAGUCAUCAAUUCAGCCACGCUGCAGAAAGUAGCAGAGCAUGUCAUGCGGUCCAGCGGUCGACAGCAUUGUCACUGUGAAGAUGUUCCACUGCAGUUUGUCUUUGGGCCUGAACAGUCUCUGGAAAAAUUCAAAGAGGAGUUCCGCAGAAUGUCCUUCUCUGGAUAUGUGCUGAACGGAGAACAUGAAAACUUUUACUACAUGUCCCUGAGCAGACUGCAUCCUCGGAGGAUUAAUGCUGCCAAGAAGCUGUCUGAGAGCACCACAGACCCUAGACAACACACUGCUCCCAGCACUGAUGGAGCACUGGCGGAGGAGGGGAUGCUGGAGAGUGAAGCAGAGGCAGAGGCAACAAAGGCUGACAAGGAGGGGGAAGACAAGAAGUCCAUUUGUGCCACUGCUGAUACUCCAAGUGAUACAGCUGCAGAAACCAGUGAGCCAGUCAGAGCCCAGAAACUAGAGACAUAUGAUACUGUUUCACAGAGUUCCCUCAGCUUUGUGGUGGACAGAGGUCAGCCCGGUACUCUCCAGCUCCAAACGGAGUCUACAACAGAGCCAUCUUCACCCCCUAAAACCCCGUCCAGUGUUAGCCUGGCUGAGUCAAUGCAAUCGGCUUCCCACAGCUGUGGCAAACUCAGGCCAAGUCGAGUACAGAGUGUGGUUUCCAGUCAGGGGAGUCUGGACUCAGACAUGCAGGGAUAUGAUGGUGGCAGCAGUGAUUCUGAAUGUGAGAGCCCCACUCUGGGAGAACAUGAGUGCCAGUCACCGCUAAUGCCUGACUUUUGGCUGAUUGUUAAGAUUCACCAGGACAGAGUAAAGGUCUACUCCCAUUCCAGGUGCUUCACAGAAGGAAAAGAAGACACAGCUAAGGAGAUGGAAAACAAAGAAGAUGAUGCUGACUUGCCUGAAUAUUUACAGCUGCAUCAAAUGGUGGUCAGAAGGAUAGGGGAAAUCUGCAGAAUUGUGAAUCAGCGAAUGCUACUGCAGGACCUGCAUGACAGUCAUGUGUGUAACUCGUUGCUGGUGGCUGAGAGUGAAGAGGACAUCUGGAAGACCGAGUCUCUCUACAGGCAGAAGUUAAACACCUCAGAUGAUUACAACGUAGAGGAAAGCUAUCAAGCAAGAGAUUACCUGGCAGCCACCAUGCAGUUCAUCCCUGGGCAUUUUUCUUGUGACGUUGUGUGGAGCACAAUAAUCCACAUUCACCCACGUUUGAAGAUGGGUCCUAACAUGGGGGUAUCCAGAGCGAUUCAGGCCCUGCGCUCCGUGCUGAACUCUUUCUGUGUGGUCAACCGAAAGAACAUGUUUGUCUACCAGGAGCGCACGACUAAAUCAGUCUUCUACCUCAGACUUUGUGAAACAUCACUAACAGGGAAAUACUCAGAUGUGGAUGGAAACCUCCAUGUUACUCGCUCCAUUGGGCUUGCCAGAAGUCAGGAGCCCUUAUUAUCUGAGGACCUCAUGGGCUCUAGGUCUUCCCUCGAUGGUUCUCGACCAGUUGGACAAGUGGACAAACAUAUCCUACUUCUUGUGCAUGGAGUGGGAAAUGCAGGUCCAGAGAUCACUGAUGAGCUGGUGAAGGUGCUGCGUAAGCGUCUGGAUGAGACGACCUUGGACAUCAUCACCGUCAUGCUUGUGAGGAACUGCAAGCUGACACCAGCUGAUGUGGAGUUCAUCCAGCCUUCUGGAUCCCCGGCCACUGAGGUGAUGAAGUUCAGCCUACCCCAGUACUGUCUCCCAUGGCUGCCUGCUGUGGCUCAUUACCUCAGACAGAACCUUCUGAUCUUCCUGCAUGUACCAAAGUACACCGACAGCAACACAGCACAUCACUUCAAGCACUACUUUCAUUUGAGCAGUGACUUAUCCGAGGGCGAUAUCUUCCUCUACAAUAAGCCUGGAGGCCAAGGGACGGGUGGAAAAGGUAUUGCCUGCAUCGCACUCUCAUUUGUGGACGGCCAUGGUCAUGCCCUUCAAGUUCCAGCGCAGGAAGUAACCAGUUUGCAGAGAUCGGAGAACUGCACAUUUCCUCUUCAACAGGAGCAUUUUGAUGAACUGACCACUGUUGAUAAAGUGUUCUCCACCAAAGACAUCCAAGGCACAGAGACACAGCUGAUUGUACGUUUUGACAUCUGGGAACAAGGAAACGUCAGCCCCUUACAGCUAAGUGACAAACUGCAGGGGGCGCUUCGGCAUGCUCUCUGUGAUGUUGUCAUGGAGCUAAAAGUCUUGCCGAAUCCUUUAUGUCUGGGGGUUUCCUUCCCAGGCACUAAAGCUCGGAAGGAGGAGGCUAAAGGACUUCUGAUUUCUUUGCCUGAGGUAAAAGAAGUGAAAGACAGCCCCAGGCCACGCAGCGGUUCACGGGUCUUCAAAACGAGCCCUUCUCCCAUCACCUUACCCCAAGUUAUAGGGAGCAGCCCGAUGGCGGGGGCCAGCACACCAGAAUCAACCACACCCACGAGUAAAAGCACCCGUCGGAGCUUCUGGGACAUACUGAGUAAGCCAGACUCAUCAGAGCUUGGAAGCCCAAAAACAACUGAUGACAUUGUGCAAGAAAAAGGAGAAGAGGGCCGAGCAGCGCGACGAAGACACAAGACGGAGAAUAUAAAGCAGCAGUGGAGCCAGGAGAAAGCUAUGGCUGUGGAGCUAGAGCAGGCCCAGAGGAGGCAGGUGUCUCAGUUGGAGGAGGGAGACGCAGGCACCCUUCACCCGAUGUACCAAGCUACCUGCCAGCCCUGGAUCACUUUCAUGGCUAAAGUUGGCUGCCCCUCCAUUCAGCAGUGCACGGCUGAAAUUGCUUCAAACUUCCUACUGCCUUCUGUCUUGGCAGAGAUUGUCAAUUUGGUCAGCUCUCUAGCCAGCGAUACAACAGUGAAGGCAUUUGAGAAGAAAAGCUGUCCUCAAUCUGGAGACAUGUUUGUACCAUUCCCUCUUGUCCUGAACCUCAGUCAGCCUCCGGGUGCCACAAGGAGCUUCAUUCUCAUUGGCCGCAACUUCCACCAGUGGCACUGCAGCACAGAGCAAGAAGACAGUUCAGAUGAGGAAAACACCCCAGUGCUUAAUAGGUUCACACCUCAUAAGGGCUUCCAGCGAUUCGAGGCUUUAGAGCAGAGUGAUGGGUUUAGUCCCAGCCAAGCAGGGGCAGGACUGGCUCCUCGCCAGAGGUUCCUCUUCAUCAGCAUCCUGGACAAAAAGGUGACUCUGUACAGCUAUAACUGGUCUGUGGAUCUGGGUGCCUCUCUUAACCGUGAGCUCAUACGCCUUGUGAAGUGGCAAAAUGCAAGAGCUCAUGUUGUCCACUGUCUGCUGAGCCAGAAGAUGGGCCUUUUCCAUCAUCACUGCUUCUCUGAUGCACCCUUUCAUGAACUGGACUCCAAACAGGAUCCAAACCCAUUCCUAAGCCCUUCUAUGGAGCCCGAUGCUUUACUGCGCAGUGCUGUUCCUCCUUUGCCCAGUAAAGAGCAGGGCAGGCUGGGUAGCUCUGGUCGAAGUCUUGCUCCACUCCACUUUCCUUCAGAGUUGCUCCCGUUUGAUGAGGCUUUGAGGGAUGUAUGCACUAUCCGACCCUUGAUGGAUGGGGAUGUGGUGGCCCGACAUGGGUCUCAGCUCCUGGAGAUUAAGGCUUCUGAGCGUAGAGAAAUGGAAAAACAGAUGAAAAUAGAGAACCUGUUUGUGACUUGGCAGCAGAGGUCAGCACAGUCAAACAUGCCUAUUUCAGGUACAGAUUUGGAAACACUCAAACAGUCCUCCAGACUGGUCCACUACUGUGCAACCCCUCUCCUCUUUGACCCCAUCUUCCGCAAGCAGAUCCAAGAGGAACAAAUCAUUCAACCUGCAGUGAAGAAACGACAUUGUUCCAGUGACUCAUCAACAUCGGGACGGGACCGGAGCUACAGCACUGACUCGGGUGACAUGCUCCCCAUCCGACUUAAGGAGGAGCCCUGGCUUCUUGAAAUUUCCAGCACCUUCCUUCAGCAGUACGUCCAAUACCUGCAGAGCAUGGGCUUCAUUUUGGUUCAGGUCCGGCCUCAGUCACCAGCUCGCAGCAUCGCGCGUGCUCGGGCUGCAAUGCUGAGCUCAAUGUCAUCAGAGGGGAGGAUGUCUUUUUCUUAUGUAAAGCAGAAGAGCGAGGACAGCCCCAAGACCUCACCCUCUGGAACUACUGCAUACCACCUCCAGAGAGCACUACCAGGGGGGAUUGUGUUGAUGGAACUCGCUUUUCAGGGGUGUUACUUCUGUGUGAAGCAGUAUGCACUGGAGUGUUCCCGCAUUCCCAUGGGCCAAACAGUUAACUCUCAGGGCAGCCUCCUCACCAAACCUCGUUGCAAGCCGUUCCCAGAUGCCACCCCAGUAUCUGACUGUGCGCUCUCCAUGCUCUUCACAGAAGAGUGUGAUAAGGUGCGGGACCUGAUGCAUGUUCACUCCUUCAGCUAUGACUUUCACCUGAGAGUGGUUCACCAGUACUUAGUGGGCAGCCACAUGACACUCCGCCAGGGCUACCAGCUCACGGACUUCUUAGACGACUUCAUCUCCCAUCACCCAGACAUUCCCAAGUUUGGCCGCAACCAUGUCUUUCAAGGAAGCUUCUCCAUCUCAACUGGGAUGAUUACAGCUCACCAGCUCUACAACUACAUCACUGACCAUGCCAGCACCUAUGGCAUGAAACCGCUGCGCAUGUCCAAGGGCACGGUCACCAACGAAAACAAGAAAGGGACACCUGACCUACAUGAAUAUGCACUCGUAGCUCUCUGGAACAGUUCUGGUUCUUACAAGGAUCUGGAGGGCCUCCACCAUCAUGAUGACUUCGAUGUGUCCAUGGUUGUGUGUCAUAAUGCAGCACCGUUUGAGGAACAGUCAGAUGGAGAGAGGCAUUUGCUGAGGUUGCGGUUCUACGUAAUCAUGACCAGUCAGAGAGAGCUUUUCCCCCGCCUCACUGCUGACAUGCGACGCUUCAAGAAGCUUCAUCAGAUCCAUCGUGAUCCCGCUGAACUGGGUGGUCGGGCUCCCCCGGAUCGAGCAGAGACCUGUGGACCCCAUGGUGCUGAACAGGACCUUUGGGAGGAAACAUCCUCUGAAGCUGCAGCUGCCUUGGCCCCCUGUCAGAGCAAUGAGUUUUUCCCUAUGGUAGGGAGUGGGGCAGAGGCUCAGGGGAUGCUCUAUCCUUCCCCUCUGUUCCCUUUGCUUAAUAAUGAGGUAGCAUCAGCUCGCAGACAGAUCCAGGCUAGUGUGGAGCAGGCCAUGGGUCACUGCCGCAGGGAUAACCUGUGGAGGAGGCUGUUCCAUGGAGAGCAUCUGGCACUGGACAAGCUGAAGUUGACCAAACUGUCGUUUAGUGAGCUGGAGGAGCUGCUGGAGGCGGUGCAGAGCCGCUCGGUUGGCGAGAUUGACCCACAACUGGACUGUUUCCUCACCAUGAGUCCAGCCUGGUACCAGAGUCUGAUUAAAGUUCUGCUGAAUCGCUUCCCUCAGAGCUGCAGACAUUUCGAUGACAACAGUAUCCAGUAUCUGGCUGUUCUCAACCAGAAGUUCACUGACUGCUUUGUGCUGGUCUUUCUGGAUAGUCAAGCUGGAAAAACAAGUCUGAAAGUUGUGUUUCGUGAACCGUUGCCAUUGCAGCAGCAAAACAGCAGCAGCCCUCCUCCUCAGCUGGUGUCCAUGUAUCACCAUCUGGAGUCUGUGAUAAAUACAGCCUGUUACAACCUCUGGACAGGACUGCUGUAGAGACGAUCAUUGUUGGACUUGCCUUACCUCAUAUCCAUGUGACUACAGCUGUAGCAUGGGAACUGUUAACAGUAGAGGCAAACAAAGGAAGAUUUUAAUGAGGGUUUGUUAAAUUAUCCUUUUACCAGAAUGCUCUCUGAUCGGGCAGCGUGAAGAAACAAACAUGUCCUCAUGUUACUGCAUUAAUACAAUGCCCUAUAGAUAAAUAACCUGACAUUUUAACAGAUCAGAAAAUAGAUAACCAACUACUGUAGACACUAGCCACUUCAUUAGGUAUACCUGUUCAGCUGCUCAUCAUCCCAAGUAGGGAUCAGCUGACAGCAAUCACCUAGGCAUGGUAAAAAGACAUGAGCAUCGGGAUAGGAAAGGGGAUUUGACUGACUUUGGAUUUGGCAAGGUUGUUUUUGGUUUGGCAGGUUUUCAUGUUUAUGCCUAAAAGCAUUGGUUUCUGUCACUGAUUGGCUGAUUGGAUAAAUGCAUUAAGUGGUAGCGGAUAGGUAUGCAUAAUAAAGUGGCCGGUGAGUGUAAAUCCAGGGAACGGGCCGAUUACCAAAAUUUUGCAAUCUGUUGCAAGCAGCCUUUUGCUUGUCUUUUGUAAUUAUUGCAUCAACAAGCCCACAUGUACUUAAUGAUUACACACUAAAAGGCUCCAAAUUAGUGAGCAAAUAUGUGUCACAACCAGUGAUCUCCUUAGCACCUCAAUGGGAAAAAACAUUCAGUUAUUCAGAAAACAGAGUUGCAGUAUGAAGGAGUCAAAGUGAAAUACCCCCAAUAUUGUAACUGCCCAUCUGUGGUUGAUUUGUAAAAAGUAGAUUUUAAGUUUUUCAGCUAUGAGUCAUUUUUUUCUGUGUACACAAAUGUGAGGCAAAAUGUGAAAAAGUCUCCUCUGUAAACUUGCUUGAACCAAGCUCCCUUUGGAAAAUGUCUUAACUUUACAGAAGAGGAUAAGGGCCAGAAUUGAAGGGAAAAUAAUACUAUGCACUUUGAGAUUAAAGUUGAAAUAUUGAGAAUAAAGUCGAAAUCAUUUCCACAUUGUUCAUUAAUACGAAGGGCUUGUAAGGACAGUCAAGAUUUGCUGUUUCCUGAGCACUAAUCACACAGGAUUGCUAUUACCUGUUGACCUAUGAUAAUUCAUCAAAUACUCUGUGACGUCAGGGUUUGGUCAGAUGCAUUUGCACAGGAUCAACAAAGUCAGUGUCACUGUUUUAUUCCUUAAUUCCUAACACUAAUGCAUGUAGUGCCCAUCACCUUUUGCAGGAGACAUUGUCCUCAUGUAUCCUACACAACACUGUUAACUAGGUAUGCAGGUUGAUGCAGUUGAUGCUGUUUUAAUUUGGGAUCAUUUGGGAGGGUUGUCAAAUGGAAAGAGUGGGGUUUGGAAUUGUUAUGCAGCAGCAUCCCUCCUCACAACUGCGAUCAUGCCAACCUACACUACGGAUAAGCAACGAUCCCAAAUUGGAAGAGUGAUAGAGUUUAGAAUCUCACUUCUCUUGUAUAUUAGGAGGGACACAACAGCGCUCAUCCCUCUUUUCCUCUUCAUCAUUCUUCCUCGAUGUGUAAUGGGAAAGCAAAGGGAGACUGUUCACUCAUUUAUUGAUCAUGGACAGCUUAUAGCAAAUUAUACAAUUUUAAAAAAGCAAAAAAACAACACUUGCACAUGUUGUCUAGUGGAAACUCUAGUACGUGAGGAAAAAUGGGUUACAACAUUUUUGUAAGGAAUUUAGAAAUCAAAAUUCCACAUGUGUUGUUAUUGCAGCAGUGCUGGUGACUUUAAGUGUUUACAGCUGCAUCUCUGACUUCAUUUAACACCUAAGCUCGCUUCUUUAAACUCGUCAUGGACUUACAAUGAGCUUAUUUAUACCUUUAAAAAAGUUGUUGAGGCCAAUGGUUCUGAACUGGUGGGUCGGGACCCAAAGUAGGUUGCAGAGCAGUUUUCAGUGGGUGUCUGGAAUAAAAAUAGUGGCAAAAAGUCCUGAAAUCCUUAUUAAACUUGCAUCGAUACCUUUUAUUUUACCCUAUUUCACUGUGAAUUUGGAUAAAUUUAAAUGUUUGAUCAAUAUUUCAACUAAUUUAUCACCUCUUCUUGCAAUAAAUGGCUACUUUUCCUAUGAUAAUGAAGUUAUUUCACAAAUUUUCUGGAAAACAGGUAAAAACUGACACAUGAUGGGGAAACAGGGUAUAAAAUUUAUCAGUUUUGUCCCUUUUCUUUUUUUUUAUAGCACGUGUUUUGGUCCAAUCAUGAUCCACACUGCAACUUAUUCAGUUAACUGAGAACUACUGGUUUAGGCUGCACCCCAGCAGUGCUGAACUAAAAGUAAACUGAGACGAUUGGUUAAAGCACCAGACAGACCGACAAACACUCUGCAAAGCGAGCAGUCAUUAUGAUGCGGUUAUGAAAGACAUCAAAACUAGAAAGGAAGAAACACAAGUUUACCUUUUCACUGUAUUGCACAUUAAGCGUGGAAUUAUUUUGUGUCAGAAACAUUGAAACAAACUACUUUGAUAUCUAAUGAGAAAAAAAGCAUUUGAGAGUCCACAUCAAAAGUAAAAUGUAGAUCUUGCAAAUUAUUCAAAUAGAUUGUGACAUUGGGUUAGCUACCCAGUUGCUCAUGAGGCUAGAGCAAAAGUUGCCGCCGACUGUCACUUAUCUCUCUGCUCUUCUAACAUCAUUCAUCAGUUAUGCCUCAGGUGGGCACUACAUAAUAAUGCACGCAUUUAAGCUGGUGAUAACAGUGUUGCAAAAAUCCAUUCUGGGGCAGAGAUUUUACCGGUGCCAGUGUUGAUACCGGUUACCACCCACCACAUAUGUGAAUUAUCAGAGGUCAACACUACUUAUCCUGUGUUUAAGACUAAAACAAAUGGCAAAUCUUGACUAUUUCUACAAAACCCCUUGUAUCAAUGAACAUGUGAAACUGUACUUUAAAUUUGACAUCGAGAUUCCUUCUCUGUUAGCUCAUAAACACACUGUAAAAAAGGCUGUGUUCACACUGCAAGCUUUAAUGCUCAGUUCUGAUCUUUUCUCAACUUCCAAAAAAAAAAUCAGAUGCGUAUCUGAUUUAGACCCACAUAUGAAAGUGGCCUGAAUCUGAUUUGAAAAGAUCAGAGUCUGUGUGAUUUGUGCUGUUCACACUCUGAGAAAAAAAUCAGAUGAGAGUCGCAUAUGAGCAAAAAAGUCUGACUUAGGUCAGAUUAUUCUUAAAAUGCUGACUUUUUUCUUGACAUUUGGACUUUUAUCUUGAUGUGCAGCAUUUUUUCCUUCACCUCUGGCCUUUAUCUUCUUCCUUAUAACUUGCAUCACACCCUUAAUUUCAGUCCUUCUGUGUUUUAUGGUAACUCUGUAGAGUUGUGCAUCAGUCUUCAUGUGGCACCCUUACUCAAUCGGUUGGUCUUAAUUGACAACAUCUCUUAGAUUUAUUCAAAGAAGGAAAAAACAUGCCUUUAAAAGCUAGAUCAAGAGAAUGCAACAGAAUUUAUUCUGUUCUGCAGCUAGACAGCAAUCUCAGUCCGAUGUUUAGGCUGUGCAGUAUUAUUUAAAGAAUCCUGCUCAGAUUUUGUUUAGAAUUAGACUAGGACAACCAGUCCUAGCUAAGAUUUCUUCUAUUUAAUAAUGCCCAUUUAUCAGCCAGUUCUUAUUUUGGUCUAAAAUUCAAAGUGGUCAGUGUUGCAAUCUCUACAGAGCAAAAAGUGAUUGUCCCAAUGACAGAAAAAAAAAAUUACAUUGUAGGCAAACUAAUUCAUAACUGGCAAGGGACCUGAAAGUUGCAUCCUUACAGGCAUAUGGACAACAUCCCCAUACACUCAUAGUCACAUGCACCUGGACCAGCAGCAGUGCUCCUUGUCUUCAGCUUCCUCCUACCACCCCUACUGUACCUCCAAGAGCAUUAGUGGAUUGCGGCUAGUUUUGAUGUCUCCCAACAGUUGAGCUGACAUAGUAUUUCUCUGCUUACAUACGUAUUUCUGCAGUUUCACAUAAGCAAGAGCACUGGCCCUUGACAUACCAUCAGUGUUUUAUAGAGAAAAAUGAGAUGCAAGUGUGCACACUGGAUAGGCUUCAUGUAUGCUUCGUACUUAAACCCUACUGCCAUAUUUGUAUCUGUCCUCCUGAAGUGCCUUUCCCUGUUUUUGUUUCCUUAUUUUAAUCUCCAAAUGUAUGAAGGGAUACCUUUGUUCUAUCAACUCUGAGUAAAUAAUCUUUGGAAGCUCUCAACCCUAAUUUAAUGCAGUGAAAAGUGUCUUUGAGUCAGACCCUGAAAUAAAGGGUUGUUCUAGGUUUGAUUAUUUACAUACUAGAAUGCCAGAGGCGGGCUUGGUUGAUCCAGAAUCUGCUCACUGAUGACUUCUACUGACGUGUGUUGUGAAACUAUGUGGCUUGAUGACCGUUGCAGUCUCCCAGCAUGUGAUAAUAACCAUCCUUACAUUUCUACAGAUUUUCUAUGGAAGGAAACCAGAUACAUAUCUGAGCUUCUUAGCGGAGAGAAAACAAGAAAUUUUGAGCAAAAUGCACAGAGCUGAGUCUGAAUGGGAUACGCUGCAUAUUCAUCAUGCAAAAUGUGAACUGCAAUAAAUAAGUGCUUGGCAUUUUGACUGUAAUAUAAUCAUUGUUAAAUGUAUGAUAUGUAUAUACUGAACAAUUUAUACAUUAUGUCACAUGCUAAAUAA